AUGACCAGGUGGUUGGACUACUCAAUUUCCCAGAAAGCAGGCCAAACACAGCUACCACAGGGUUUCAUAAGAUCAAGUGGUUUACAACAGACUAUUCUCACGAACAUCUCCAAUCUUUCGCUGACGGACAGAGAUGUCGUGACCAAAGGUGGAAGGCUUGACAAACUUCUCAGUAUUCUCCUGAUGUACCAUGGGGAGUUUCGUGGGCCUGAAACGGAACGGUGUAUCUACUCGAUGAAGUCUUUACUCUAUGGUUGGGUAAACACAUUGGAUGCUAAAGACAACGAGCAGAAUCGGUGGAUUUGGCAAAUCAAACCUGCUCUCUAUGAGGGCGAGGUGGCUAUUUCGGUCAAAGGUGACCGUGUGAGCGCGGAUGGAUCCUAUAUUGAUGGAACCUUAGGGUCAUGGAUUAUGACCGAUGAGGAGAAUGGAUUUCUCAGUAUCUUGGGCUCCCCAGACACUGUCUAUCUCUUCAGAAUCGAAGAUUUGGUAUCAAACGGCGACCUGGUGAAGAUCAAAAAUUGGCAAGAGCAACCAUGGGCGACGGGUGGCCAAAACACACACACACACACACAGAGCUAG